GCUGAGGCAGGAGGAUCACUUGAGCCCAGGAGUUUGAGGAGCGACUAUGAUACCACUGCACUCUCUACCUGGGGAAACGGAAUGAGAUUGUGUCUGAAAAAGAAAGGAAAAAAAAAAAAAGAACAAAACUGGGGGACUCAUACUUCCUGAUUUCAACACUUUCUACAAAGCUACAGUAAUCAAAUAAUGUGGUACCAGCAUAAAGACAGACAGAUAAACUAACGGAGUAGAAUAGUCAAAUAUGGUCAAAUGAUUUUUGACAAGGGGAAGACCAUUGGGGAAGGGGAAAGGACAGUCUUUUCAACAAAUCAUAGUGGGGCAACUGGAUAUCCACAUGCAUUAGAAUGAGAUUUGACCCUUUUCUCUCCCCAUAUACAAAAAUUAACUCAAAAUAGAAGAAAGAGCUAAAUGUAAGACCUAAAACACUAUAAAACUAUUAGAAGAAAACAUAGGAGAAAAGCUUCACAACAUUGCCAAUCAUUUGGCAAUGAUUUCCUGGCUAUGAUACCAGACAGGCAACAAAAGAAAAAAUAGACAAAUUAGACUUCAUGAAAAUUUUAAGCUUUGUGCAUCAAAAAACACUAUCAACAGUAAAAAAGCAACACACAGAAUGGGAGAAAGCAUUUGCAGAUUAUAUAUCUGAUAAGGGAUUAAUAUCCAUAAUGUAUAGAGAACUCUUAAAACGCAACAAGAAUAUGAACAUCCCAGUUAAAGAAUAAGAAAAAAACUUGAAUAGACAUUUCUCCAAAGUUGGUAUACAAAUGGCCCAUAGGUAUUUGAAAAGAUGCUGAACAUCUCUAAUCAUUAGGGAAAUGCAAAUCAAAACGAUAAUGAGAUACUGCCUCACACAGUCCAGUAGGAUGGCUAUUAUUAAAAAAUAAUAAAAUAUACUAGAAGAAAAUAAGUCUUGGCGAGGAUGUGGAGAAAUUGGAACCCUUGUACACUGCUGAUGGGAAUGUAAAAUGGUAUAGCCACUGUGGAAGUCUAUAUGGAGGUUUCUCAGAAAAUUAAAAACAGAACUACCUUAUGAUACAGCAAUCCUAAUUCUAAUCCUAAUCCCCAAAGGAAUUGAAAACAAGGUCUCCAAGAGAGAUGUAUGUCCAUGUUCAUAGCAGCAUUAUUCAUAACAGCUGAAACAUGGAAGCAACUCAAGUAUCCAUCAAGGGUUGAACUGAUAAGUCAAAUGUGGUCUAUACAUACUGUCAAACCUUAAAAAGGAAGGAAAUUCUGCAAUAUGCUACUCCGUGGAGGAACCAUGAGGACAUUAUGCUAAAGGAAAUAAGUCAGUCAUAGAAAGGCAAAUUCUAUAAAAAUUUUCUUAUAUGAAACACCUAGAGUAGUGGAAAUUUUAGAAUCGGAAAGCAGAAUAGUGGUUAUCAGGGGCUGGUGGGAAGGGAGAACAGGGAGUUAUUGUUUAAUGCAUACAGAGUUUUGCCAGAUGAAAAGAGCACUGGAGAUAGAUGGGUGGUGGUGGUUGCACAACAAUGUGACUGUAUUUAAUACCACUGCACUGUACACUUCAAAAAGGUUAAGAUGGGAAAUUUUAUGAUAUGUGUGUUUUACCAUAAUUUUAGAAGUUGAAAAUAAAAAAUGCAUAAGGAAGACAGCUUUCCUUAUUGUAUUUUGAGCUUGCUUCCUAGGUCCCCAGAACCUCAUCUAAGAGCUGUGCAAGACAAGGAGCUGGGAAGCAGAGUGAGAGUCUACGGGGAAUCUUGUUCAAGAUGGUCUCUUCCAAGUCAGCUCACUGUCCCCACGGUGCAGGCCCAGGGUCCUCACCCAUGGCUCAGCAGCCUGUCACCCGUGUUGCAGAAAGGCAGGUCAGGAGUGCGAGGCAUGUUGGCAAUGCCUCGUUUGGUCCUCGUUUUUGAAGCAAAACAUGAGGGAAUCUCAAUAAUCUGAAGUGUGUUUUCAUCACAGUUUCCUCCUGAUGGUGUUCCAAAACAAGCAUUCCUAUACACCUACUUCCAAGACUAUUUGGACAAGACAUACCUCUCUGACUGAGUGGGUUAGGGAAGGGAGCAUUUCAGAUUCCUUUUUAAGAUUCGGAGAUUUGCACAUCAUCUGGUAUAUUAGUGAUGCAGUGGCUGAGGAGAAAAUUUACUAAGUUUCACUCUGGUCCCAUAAUUGUGGAUGGAGUGUAAUUCUUAUUUCAUUGUUUUGUUUCUCUUUCCUUUUUCUAUUUUUAAAGAUAAUUCUCUUCCCUAACCCCUCCAAAACCAACCACACACCUAUUCUGAGAGCUAGAUAUGAGUGUUCUCAUAAACAGCCAGGAGUCAGUGACAACCUUUGACUAUUGUAUAUAGAAACAUAAACUCUGCUCCUGCAUGCACUUCAUAGGCUGUCUCUGCAGUGCUGUCCUCCACAGCCAAGGAAUGUGCUUCUGAGUCAGCAGUCAGCUGCCGCAGGACAAAACAUGCAGGAUGUUGUUAGCUGGCAGAGACUGCACAGAUGCCUGGAAACCCGGCCUCACCUCCUCUUCCUCUUCCCUCCUCAGGCUUCUCACUUCCGUUACCCCUUCCUUCCACACCUUGGCUUUUCAGUCCGCAGGAUUUCUGGCACUUUCUUGCCAGGUUUCCUACUCUCUAGGUUCCUGUGAUUAUGAAUGCUGAUUGUCCCAGGAUACUGGGAUGAAGAGUACAUAGGAGUGGUUCAGGAGAGGCCAGGAGGAGUAUGAUCUGGCUUUGACCUUCAGGAAUGGGGGAAAUGAAGGUGGUAACAUCAAUGGCUCUCCUCCUGCCAUUCUUCUCAGCUGUCAGAGUGCAGGAGAUGUGAUCAUUUGGCUUUCAGAGUAGGAAAAGUGAGGCAGCCCGAGGGAAUUAAUCUUGUGUAGUCUUACCUUGGGUGCCUGUCGCAUUGUUCCAGGAACCAAUCUACCUCUAUUUAUCUGUUGUCAGGUCGUAAUCCCUUAGACAGGGUACUUAAUACUUGCCUGACACUGGGAAACAGGCGCUCUGCAGCUCUCUGGGAGAUGUGGCUGAAACCUGUUAAUUUCAAAGUAUUUUACAGCAGCAGAAGGAUUGGGGGCAGUUACUAAUGAAGGUGUUCAACUGUGGUAGGGUUUGAUUUGGAGAUAUCCGGUGGUGGUUGGCAUCUCUUUGAAAGUGAAUAUUUAUUUCAAACAGAGUAGGCUACCACCAGCCAAGGAGAUGUUAGGCCAUAUGGCAGAAUCCUUUGAAAGUAAAUGCCUAAGACUCUCUUUUAGGGGAGGUGUGAGCACAAGACAGGCAUUAUGACAGGGGAAAGAAAGGCUUUUGGAAGUAUAUGUUGUGGGACCUUUAAUGUGAUGGUUUCAGCAAGAACAUCUUGGUUCUGAGUGCUCUGAAUCCUGGCAAGGAGUGGAAGGUGGCUGCUGUUUAGGAACAAAGAAAAGUCAUUUUCUUCCUUGACAUAAGGUAGAGAUAGAUCAGACCAGGUGUAUUCAAAGCUUGCCAAACACUGUGACUCCGGUGGAGUUAAGAUUGGUUAGUAACACAAGUAGAGUAGGCAGGGUCAGGAUUGCACAAUGCCAUCUACUUGCCAAAGAGCAAAUAAAGCUGAUGAAAUCCCCACCAAGAAGGCAAGAGGCAGAGAAGGCCCCUGGUAUAGCAGAUGAUCUGGGAUCUUUGUUUUUAGUCAUUGGUUGUUACCUGUCACUGUUGUUACUUCUUCCUUUGGAUAAGCACAUCUGGCCUUUCCCACCCUUAUAAGCCAUCUGCCAUUUUGACUAUUUAUCCUUUCUGGGAUAAGCCUUGGCUUGUAAGAAAAAGAAUGGGCUCUCUUUAGGAACUUUAAAAUAUUACUGCUUGUUGCUACCUAGAAUAAAACUUUGGAGAAAUUGAAUAUUAGUUCCAGUUAAUUCCAUUUAGUGCUUGACUCUUGGCCAUGUGAAUAUUGGGACAAGUGUGUUUAUUAGCAGUGCAGUUUUUAAUAUUCAGCGCUGGGAGGGGUUGUUCAGUAAGUGAUAUAUCUGAGGUGAGAAGCCAAGUCAGGGUGUUUCAGGUAGAGAAUUACCAUCUUCGGCUCAUCCUCAUGGUAUGUGAAGAGUGUUGUUUCUCUUACAAAACGUAAGAUGCAUCUCCAGUUGGUUUGGUUGGAAGUUAUAGUAUCAUGCUGAGGUGUGGAGAGAAGCAGAAUAUUAUUUCUGUGUCACACAGGGGGAUUCUGUUGCUCAUUGACUUACCCAGAGUGAGAGCUUCAGGACAGAGCCCUGGGGCUCUUUCGUGUCAUUCUGGAAUGUGGCUCCCAUCCCCUUUGGGUUGGUGCACUGGACAGUGGGGCGUAUCUUGCUUCUACACCCCUUGUGAACACAGUGCAUCAACAGCUUCCUCCGUGGCCGCCACCCCCAACUGCCAGUCCUCUUUAAAGCAAAGCCCCAAGCCAGCCAUGUUCACACUAGUGGUAAGCUGGCAGUGCACCUGUGAUGAACUGCCUAGAGCACCAGGUGUGAGUGCUGUGGCCAUGAUAUUCUCAGCACUAGACUCAGAGGACUUCAGGACUGGAAGAGAGUUUUAGAGAUCAUCGGUCUAACCUCCUCAUCUUACACAAGGGACAGUUGAGGCCUUGUGAGACAAAGUGCCUAAGCAGGAUCAGGCAGCCAAGGUCUGGCACAUGUGGGCUCAGUGCCACAGCUGUCCCACAGCUCGUCCCACUCCUCCGACCUACUGUCUCUUCUCCUAUGACUUAGUUUUGCUCUCUGGCCCUUUGCUUCUAUCACUUCCCAGUGAUAGUUCAAUAGUGAUGAUCAUAGAAUGUGGUAGCAAAAUGGAGCAGGACCAAGGCGGUGGACGGAUGAAGAAGCACAUAUGGUGCCAUCUCCCGUCUUCAAGCCUCUGUCUAGCAGACAAUACAGGAUGGUGGGUGUGUGGAUAUUUUUGAUUAACGUGACAGUGUCAGGUGGAUCCACGGCCAUCCCACAGCCCCCUCUGUGGGGUGCUGAGGGCAGGCAGCAUGGAGGAGAGAAAGCAUGAGACGAUGAACCAAGCUCAUGUCCUCUUUGACCGAUUUGUCCAGGCUACCACCUGCAAAGGAACCCUUAAGACCUUCCAAGAACUCUGUGACCACCUGGAACUGAAACCUAAGGACUAUCGCUCCUUUUAUCACAAGCUGAAGUCCAAGCUUAACUACUGGAAAGCCAAAGCCCUCUGGGCAAAGUUGGACAAACGAGGCAGUCACAAAGACUACAAAAAGGGAAAAGCAUGCACUAACACAAAGUGUCUCAUCAUUGGAGCUGGCCCCUGUGGUCUCCGCACAGCCAUUGACUUAUCCUUACUGGGAGCCAAGGUGGUCGUUAUUGAGAAACGAGAUGCCUUCUCCCGCAACAAUGUCUUGCAUCUUUGGCCAUUCACCAUACAUGAUCUGCGAGGUCUGGGUGCCAAGAAGUUCUAUGGCAAGUUUUGUGCUGGAGCCAUUGACCAUAUUAGUAUCCGUCAGCUCCAGCUAAUACUGUUGAAAGUAGCCUUGAUCCUAGGCAUUGAAAUCCAUGUCAAUGUGGAGUUCCAAGGACUUGUACAGCCUCCUGAGGACCAAGAGAAUGAACGGAUAGGUUGGCGGGCACUGGUGCAUCCCAAAACUCAUCCUGUGUCAGAGUAUGAAUUUGAAGUGAUCAUCGGUGGAGAUGGCCGUAGGAACACCUUGGAAGGAUUUCGUCGGAAAGAAUUCCGUGGCAAACUGGCCAUCGCCAUCACAGCAAAUUUUAUUAACCGAAAUACAACAGCAGAAGCCAAAGUGGAAGAGAUCAGUGGUGUGGCUUUUAUAUUCAACCAAAAAUUUUUCCAGGAACUGAGGGAAGCCACAGGUAUUGAUUUGGAGAACAUCGUCUACUACAAAGAUGACACGCACUAUUUCGUUAUGACAGCCAAAAAGCAGAGUUUACUGGACAAAGGGGUGAUACUGCAUGACUAUGCCGACACAGAGCUCUUGCUUUCCCGAGAGAAUGUGGACCAAGAGGCUCUACUCAACUACGCCAGGGAGGCGGCAGACUUCUCCACCCAGCAGCAGCUGCCAUCUCUGGAUUUUGCCAUCAAUCACUAUGGGCAGCCCGAUGUGGCCAUGUUUGACUUCACUUGUAUGUAUGCCUCCGAGAACGCCGCCCUGGUGCGGGAGCAGAACGGACACCAGUUGUUAGUAGCUCUGGUUGGGGACAGCCUUCUAGAGCCUUUCUGGCCAAUGGGAACAGGAAUAGCUCGGGGCUUUCUAGCUGCUAUGGACUCUGCCUGGAUGGUACGAAGUUGGUCACUAGGAACAAACCCUUUGGAAGUGCUGGCAGAGAGGGAAAGUAUUUAUAGGUUGCUGCCCCAGACCACCCCUGAGAAUGUGAGUAAAAACUUCAGCCAAUACAGCAUCGACCCUGUCACUAGGUAUCCCAAUAUUAACAUCAGCUUCCUCCGGCCAAGCCAGGUGCGCCAUUUAUAUGAUACUGGAGAAACAAAAGAUAUUCAUCUGGAAAUGGAGAACCUGGUGAAUUCCCGAACUACCCCAAAGCUGACUCGCAAUGAGUCUGUAGCUCGUUCAAGCAAACUGCUGGGUUGGUGUCAGAGGCAGACGGAUGGCUAUGCAGGGGUAAAUGUGACAGAUCUCACCAUGUCUUGGAAAAGUGGUUUGGCCCUUUGUGCAAUUAUCCACAGAUACCGUCCUGAUCUGAUAGAUUUUGAUUCUUUGGAUGAGCAAAAUGUGGAGAAGAAUAACCAACUGGCCUUUGAUAUUGCUGAGAAGGAACUGGGCAUUUCUCCCAUCAUGACAGGCAAAGAAAUGGCCUCCGUGGGGGAGCCUGACAAGCUAUCCAUGGUGAUGUACCUGACCCAGUUCUACGAGAUGUUCAAGGACUCACUCCCCUCCAGUGACACCUUGGACCUGAAUGCCGAGGAGAAAGCAGUCUUGAUAGCCAACACCAAAUCCCCCAUCUCCUUCCUAAGCAAACUUGGGCAGACCAUCUCUCGGAAGCGUUCUCCCAAGGAUAAAAAGGAAAAGGACUUGGAUGGUGCUGGAAAGAGGAGAAAGACCAGUCAGUCAGAGGAGGAGGAAGCUCCCAGGGGCCACAGAGGAGAAAGACCGACACUGGUAAGCACUCUGACGGACAGGAGGAUGGAUGUUGCUAUUGGGAACCAGAACAAAGUGAAAUACAUGGCGACACAGCUGCUGGCCAAAUUUGAAGAGAAUGCACCUGUGCAGUCCACUGGCAUACGGAGACAGCCGACACAAAUGCGUUGGGCCAGCCAGCCGUCCUGCUGCCUGCCUGAGCAGGGUCGCCCUGCUCCCAGUCCCCGGUGGAAACAGCGACGGGAAAAGGAGCGUUCUCGGACCUGCCCCAAAAAAGUGAUCACGCUCUCUCCUCUCCCUACUCCACCUCCCUGUCGGGCACCUGACAGCCAGCAGACAUACAGGGAUCUUGAUGCUGACAACCAUGGCAAGCAGAGUCCCCGACAUGAGAGGCCAGAGCUUGAACCUCCUCGUCGAUUUUUUGUCGACCAGUGGGAGCUUUCUCUUAGCCUGCGUUCCUCCCGCCCCGCUUCUCCCUCCUCCGACUCCCUCCGACAGAAGUAUAUAAAGAUGUACACGGGCGGAGUGAGCUCAUUGGCUGAGCAGAUAGCCAAUCAGCUUCAAAGGAAAGAGCAGCCCAAAGCCCUUCUAGACAAGAAGGAACUGGGCUCCAUGAAGAAGGAGUUCCCACAGAACUUGGGAGGCAGCGACACGUGCUAUUUCUGUCAGAAGCGGGUCUACGUGAUGGAGAGGCUGAGUGCUGAGGGCAAGUUCUUCCACCGGAGCUGCUUCAAGUGCGAGUACUGCGCUACCACCCUGCGCCUCUCAGCCUAUGCCUAUGACAUUGAAGAUGGUAAAUUCUACUGUAAACCACACUACUGUUACCGACUCUCUGGCUAUGCACAGAGGAAGAGACCAGCGGUGGCUGCUCUGUCUGGAAAGGAGGCCAAAGGACCCCUGCAGGAUGGCCCCACUGCAGAUGCAAAUGGACGGGCCAGCACCGUGGUCAGCUCGGCUGAAAGAACCCCAGGUUCAAGUGUGAAUGGCCUGGAGGAGCCCAGCAUCGCCAAGAGGCUGCGUGGCACUCCGGAGAGGAUCGAGCUGGAGAACUACCGCCUGUCGGUGAAGCAGGCCGAGGAGCUGGAGGAGGUGCCUGAGGAGACGCAGGCAGAGCACAACCUGAGCAGCGUGCUGGACAAGGGCACAGAGGAGGACAUCGCCAGCAGCAGUUCUGAGUCUGACAUGGAGGAGGAGGAGGAGGAGGAGGAGCAGGAGCCGCAGCUGCCCCCCUCUGACCUGGGCGGCGUCCCUUGGAAGGAGGCUGUGAGGAUCCACGCUCUUCUGAAAGGGAAGAGCGAAGAGGAGCUCGAGGCCUCCAAAAGCUUUGGGCCUGGGAACGAAGAGGAGGAGGAGGAGUAUGAAGAAGAGGAGGAAGAAGAAUAUGACGAGGAGGAAGAGUCCAGUGAAGCCGGGAACCAGAGACUACAGCAGAUCAUAAACCCUGCGGAUCCCUUGGAGAUCCAGGCUGAUGUGCACUGGACACAUAUUCGUGAGAAAGAGGAGGAGGAGAGAAUGGUACCGACUUCUGAGUCCUCUACUUCUAGAGUGCCCGACCUUCCCUCCGUACGCCGCGCGGCAGUGCAGGCCUGGCUGGAGACGGUCUCCGGAGUCCCAUUGGAUGAGAAUGACCUGGAGGAAGAUGUGGACUCGGAGCCAGCAGAGAUAGAAGGGGAGGCAGCAGAGGAUGGGGACCCAGGGGACACUGGUGCUGAGCUGGAUGAUGAUCAGCACUGGUCUGACGACAUCCCAUCAGAUGCUGACACGGAGCUCCACUUGCAGCGCCAGGCAGAGGUGGAGGCGGAACUGGAGCUGAGGGUGUCAGAAGAUGAGGAGGAGAAACCACCUGCCUUGCCAAAGCGACAAGAGAGAGAUCCCUUCCAAGCAUCCUGCCCCAUCCAGCCCCCUCAGGAGCAAGCCCUGCUGCUCACCCCAGUGCACAGCCCUGUGGCAGAGGGGCCGCAAAUCCCACUUGCCCCUGUUACUACCAAGGUGAAAUCGCCAGAGGAGCACGUUUUCCCUGAGCCUUCGCUCCCUAAAGAGAAGCCCAGAGCCAAAGCCCCCGCUGAUCUGAGCACUGUGCACUCUCCCAUCCGGUCUCAGCCAGUGGCUCUGCCAGAAGCCAGGACCCCUGCCUCGCCAGGGAGUCCGCAGCCUCUGUCGCCACUGGCCACCUCUGGACCCCACUCCACGCUGCUCCCCAUCUGCUCCCAGCCUCAGCCGUCCUCUGAGGCCACUGUCCCAUCCCCUACCCUGUCCCCCAUACGCUUCCAGCCCGUUCCAGCCAAAACCUCAACCCCCCUCACCCCGCUCCCCGUCAAGAGCCAAGUCGACACCAGGGAUAAAUUGGGCAGCCCUGUCCCUGUGGAUGAGGCCCUCAAACGGAAUGACCUGGUGGAAGAAUUCUGGAUGAAGAGUGCUGAAAUCCGCCGCAGCCUUGGGCUCACGCCUGUGGAUCGCAGCAAGGGGCCCGAGCCCAGCUUCCCCUCGCCUGCCUUUAAGCCAGCGUCCCUAAAAGCCUAUUCAUUUGAAAAAUCCACGCAGGAUGAGGGUCUCCAUCUUCUAAAACCUCCACGUGUUCCUCAAAGGCUGGGCCUGCCAAAGUCAGAGGGCAUCCAGCCCUCCCUGCCAACUCCCAAGUCACCAUCUGACCGAGAACUAAGAAGCUCCCAGGAGGAGCGGAGGGACCUGUCCAGCAGCUCUGGCCUGGGCCUUCAUGGGAGCUCCUCCAACAUGAAGACCCUGGGCAGCCAGAGCUUCAACACCUCGGACUCUGCCAUGCUCACUCCACCCUCCAGCCCGCCUCCGCCCCCGCCCCCCGGCGAGGAGCCUGCCACUCUGCGGAGGAGGCCCUGUGAGCACAAGGAUGCCCAGACCAAGGCCUCGGUGGCCCCACCACCCCCACCUGCCGCGUUUAUGCGGGCCCCCCUGGAGGCUGCCCAGCCCCACCGGGAGGAGGUGCGGAAGUCAUUCGUGGAGAGUGUGGAGGAGAUUCCCUUCGCCGAUGAUGUGGAAGACACGUAUGAUGACAAGACUGAGGACACUAGUGUGCAGGAGAAGUUCUUCACACCCCCUUCCUGCUGGCCACACUCUGAGAAGGCCCUCCGCUUGCCCCUGGCCAGGGAGAAUGGGCAGCUGCCUGCCCUAGAGGGUACGCUCCAGCUGCAGAAGAGGGCACUGCCCUUGGUCUCUCCACAGGCCAAGGAGCUGGCGGAGGAGCGCAUGCGAGCCAGGGAGAAGUCUGUGAAGAGCCAGGCACUGCGGGAUGCCAUGGCCAAGCAGCUGAGCAGGAUGCAAGAGGUGCAGGUGGCAGCCGAGGCCCCCAGGUCUCGAAAGGUGGCCUCAGCACCCUCCCAGGGCAAGGACCAUGGGGCCGAGUCCCCCAGACGCCCCGAGGAGCCCACCUUGAAGCACAGAGCCCCCAGUGAAGAGGCCCUCUCCCCUCCGACAGACUCGGGGGGCCCAGACGGUUCUGUCACUUCAUCUGAGGGCUCCAGUGGGAAGAGCAAGAAGAGGUCAUCACUCUUCUCCCCCCGUAGAAGCAAGAAAGAGAAGAAGCCCAAAGGUGAGGGCCGGCCCCUGGAGAAACCCAGCCCCAGCCUCCUAGAGGAAACAGCCUCCAAGCCCAAGUCCCUGUGGAAGUCAGUCUUCUCUGGGUACAAGAAGGACAAGAAGAAGAAGGCCGAUGACAAGUCAUGCCCUAGCACUCCUUCCAGUGGCGCCACGGUGGACUCCAGCAAGCACAGGGUGCCCCCCAUCAUGAGGGCAGAGCUGCAGCUCCGACGCCAGCUGAGUUUCUCGGAGGAUUCAGACCUCUCCAGCGACGACGUCCUCGAGAGGGCCUCCCAGAAGUCCAAGAGAGAGUCGAUUUAUGUACCACACGCCUUGGCAUUCAGGAGAUCAUAUGCAUCAAAGCCAAGAACCUACACAGAGGAGGAACUGAAUGCCAAGCUGACCCGGCGUGUGCAAAAGGCAGCUCGGAGACAGGCCAAGCAAGAGGAACUUAAGCGGCUACAUCGAGCCCAGAUCAUCCAGCGGCAGCUGGAGCAGGUGGAGGAGAGGCAGCGGCAGCUGGAGGAGAGAGGGGUUGCUGUGGAGAAGGCGCUCCGUGGCGAAGCAGACUAUUGGGGAGAGUCUUAUUACAGUGACCUCAUCGACUUGCAUCUGGGUGUUGAGCCCAGUGGCGGGACUCCACGGCGUAGACCUCUCUCCUUCUGCCCUUGCUGUGUCCAGGAAGGCAUGGGCAAGAAGGAUGACCCCAAGCUGAUGCAGGAGUGGUUCAGGCUGGUGCAAGAAAAGAACGCCAUGGUGCGCUACGAGUCUGAGCUGAUGAUCUUUGCCCGGGAGCUGGAACUGGAAGACCGGCAGAGCCGACUGCAGCAGGAGCUCCGGGAGCGGAUGGCGGUGGAGGAUCACCUAAAGACUGAGGAGGAGUUGUCAGAGGAGAAGAAGAUCCUUAACGAGAUGCUGGAGGUGGUAGAGCAGAGAGACUCCCUGGUGGCCCUGCUGGAGGAGCAGCGGCUCCGGGAGAAAGAGGAAGACAAGGACCUGGAGGCCGCCAUGCUGUCCAAGGGCUUCAGCCUGAACUGGUCCUGAGCUCCCACUCACGCUCGCCGUUGGUCUGUCGGCAUCUGCCUGACCGGGCUGCGUCUCCAACCCGCCCGGCCCGAGACCUCAGAAGGCCCGACCCUCCGUGGAGCCGCACGCAGACGCCCGUGUGCCCCUUGAAAGGGGGUCAAGUCUCGUGUGCCGCAGGGAACCCCCGGUGACGAGGAUCGUCCAAGGUGACCCCACCUCCGAAGAGACUUCCUGCUCGGGAGAGAGGAGCAUGUCGCGUAUGACGUAGGAGUGGGGGACCUGACACGCUGCCUGGGACACGCCAGCUGGGGCCCCUCUUUCCACGUUUGGUAAGAGAAGAAAGCUGCUUCCCUUCUGCCGGAACCACGGCCACCACAGAGCGCACCUCCACGGAGCGGGAGGGCAGCCGUUUCAUGCUCCCUGAAGCACCACCAAAGAAACAAAAAAUGCACCCCACAAAAGCAAGAUGCUUUUGCCACAAAAGCAAGAUGUGAGUCGAGACCUGGGAGGGCAGUGGCCAUCAGAGCAGUGUCCACCCAGCAUCGCACAGGACACUGAGCGGCAGGCAGGCUCUGGAACUUACUACGCAAGUGAGGGCUGGCAGAGAGGGUCUGCUCCCCAGCCCUGACCCCACACACUGGACCGUGUGGCCAAACGCCCCAGGCCUCUCUCUGGCUGUGGGCUGAGGCCUGGGGGUGCUACAUUUUGCUUUCAGUUCACAACCAUUUUGACACUGGAAAAUACUGACUUUGGGGGUCAGGGUGAGGCCUUGCAUUUCAAGGCCCCAGUUACAGACAGGCAUUGUCACUGAUCAGUGCCGUACGUCAGGGAAGGGCAUGACCGUUUCCUGGGCGUUCUUCCUGUGUUUGCACAUUGAGAUGAAGCUCACAGCCUGGCAAGAUGCUCAGCCGCUUUGGACCCUUUUUGUCAAUUAACUUAUUUUUUUAAUACUUGAAAAGAAACAACUUCAUUUUUAUAUCUGUCCUAGAGACAUUGAUCACCUGGCACCUGGGCAGGAGUGACAGCAAGGCCUUUGCUGCCUCUGGCACAGCCUGGUCCAAAACUGACCGAAUGA